UGUAAUUACGACCCUACACUCUCACUGCCUAAAGUCUUCAAGCUUCAGGAGCACUCACCAUACCUACUUAACUUCUCUUUUUGCAGCAGUCGUUUAUCAUGGCUACAGUGGCAUCCCAGGUCAUUCUUCACCCUUAUGUUUCUCAGUCCUUGAAAUUUGGAUCAUUUAAUAUCGGUCGGGACAAGCUCUACCGCACGGUUCAAUACUUCUCUCGGUUUCUCGCUUGGUAUCUCCUUUCUCGGGGCAACAAAGUCGAAGCUGCUCGAUGGACAGCUCUCAAGGGCCACUUAGCUUUAGGCCGUAAACUCAUGCGGCUCGGAAAACCCGUUGAACACCUCCAAGCCGCAUUGCGUGCAGCUCAAUCAACGAGUGAAGUCGGCGAACAAUUGUCCAGCAUUGGUCGGCAGCUUGCCUACUUUGGAUACCUUACAUAUGACGCAGUUGUGUGGACGAACGCAGCCAAGUUCAUUGCUCUGAAGCCCAGCACUGCUGAGAAGGUCACAAAGACGUCCAAUAGAUUUUGGUUGGCUGGAAUCUUAUUUAGCAUUACACAUGGACUACUGAAGGCCGGACGACUCGCCCACGAUGCGAAGAAAUUGCGUAACUCCGAGACUUGGGGAGAAAAGGACCUUAGCGAUGAAGCUCAAAGAGAAGUCAGGCAACUUGCGCUUGAAAACCUGCGCGCGGACACACGCUACCAAUUCAUCAUCGACCUUUUCGAUAUUUGGAUACCCGCAUCCAACUUGGGUCUUGUCAAUGUCAACGACGGCGUUGUUGGCUUUGCUGGUUUCAUUUCCUCUCUCAUGGGCCUUCGUGCUCAAUGGAUUGCUGUCAACGGGAAGAAAAUUUGAGAUUCCCUCAAGUAUAAUACUGUAUAUACUUCUGCUGGCAUUUGAUAUUUACUGCUCCAAAGCACGCUCUGGCUUUGUGCAGCUAUGGCACUGACUUCUGAAUU